ACAAGAGAGGGAAUAGAUUUGCCUCCUGAUCCCGUGUGCCCCUCGCUGGAGAGGAGGCGUCAGUUAGGAACUGAAUCACUUCAUCGUAUCGCUAUUUCCCUAAUCCCUGUCCAGUUGGUCUUACUCUAUAAACUCCCCUGCCUGUGCUGCUAAUGGACAGCUCUCCAUGCCUGUGGCUUAGACAUGCCUGUUUCUUAUGACGCAGGACGUCCAUGACCAGGGAUGCUGGAGAUGUGCUGAAUUCGUGGAGGAAUCCUUCCAAAGCUCACAACGUAUUUUCUCUUGUGGUGACUCUUGCUGCUGGGCACAGCUUGAUUGACUUCAGUGGAGUCUCACUGGUUUACCCAACAGGUUGCCCAUGGCCAGCAGACCUGAGCGAGAGAAACAGAACAGAAUGGAACAGCACAAGCACCGAGAGCUACCGCAUGCCACUGCCCGGAGCACGGCGUGCCUCCUCCCACCUGGCCCAGAGCCAUCCACCCUCCUGCACCUCUCAGCCUGCACACACCCGGCAGAGAGCCCCUGGCCAAAGGCUCCCUCGCAGUCAUCUCCUCUUACCGCUCGCCAGCCUGGGCCGACUUACCUGCUUGCGCCAGAUACAGCUGGUAUCGGCUCUGCAAAUACAGGGGAGUCUCCCUCUGCCUCCCCACCUGGCUACGGACUUCGGGGUGCAAGAGCAGGUGAGUGGCGGUGAAACCUGGGCAUGCUCCAGUCCGCAGCACAGCCGUCUGCUCCGCCUGCGUCCCUCUCCCUCUGGGUGUCUGCGUGAGGACGCGGAAGCGCGACUGCUCUCCCCACCACUUCUGUUUUUUCUAUUUUUGAGGCUGGAGGGGAAGCGGAGAGCUCGUUCCGUGCCUCGAAUUUCCUGUGUGAGCCUCUCGCAUCUUCCCCUCCACCCGAGCUGUGCUGCCUCUCAGGACUUCCUCCUAGCCCAGCAGAACGGCAGAGGCCCCGUGGCUUCCCUGGCACAUGCUGAUGCUCUUUCCUGGCACCCCUUCAGCUGCUCUGAGAACCUGUUCCCCUGACGGGUAGAGGUCAGGUGGCAGGAGCUCUUCUAGCGUCCACCUAGCAUCUGUCUGCCACUGCGGGCCCUGGGAUGGGAAAACACCUGUCCCCAUAAUACCACGACCUUUACACUUCCUUAAACGGAGCUGCCGGCAAACCAGUCCCUGUGAAGCUGCCUGGGACGGUUCCACAAACGAAUGGGAACAGGUCUCCCUGAUGCGCCCCUUGGGUUUCCAUACCGCUACGUGAGAAGUCUGCGCUAAGGCCUGGCACUCUUCAGCUGUCCAGCGCCGGGCAGUUCACAAUCAUCAUGAAGUCUCAUUAUCCCCAUUAAGCAGUGGGGGUACCUGAGCGGUGCGGUGACUUGCCCAGCAUUACACAGUGAGUCAGUGGCAGAGCAGGAAUGGAAGCCGCGUUUCCUGACGCCCUGUCCGGUGCCCCUACCCACUGGGCAGUCUUGCUCCUUGUCUGUCCCACCAUGAGACUCCACCACCUUCAUGAACGACCAUGAUGCUUCCGCCUAGUGGGACCUGCCCUCAAGGGGCAUCAGAGCUCGGUGCAGGGAUCCCUCUUGUCAGUCCAGCACUGGUUUGCUUUGCAGACCAGAAACGCAGCAUAUGAAUCCUUGGGCUGGAGUGGAACCCUGUGACCUGAACCUCCAUCUGCUGCUCUCCUAAUGUGCUGUCCAGUUGCUGCAGCCCCUGCCAGGGACCCCUCAUCCUCUCUCAAUUGCAAUUUUAAGAUACACUAGCCCCCUCACAGCCAGUGGUCUCUCAAUCUUCUCCUCCAGUCUAUUGCUAUCACUGAUUGGCCCCAGAGGAUGGCUAGGGCAGGGGUAGUAUCAACUCCAAGGAUCAAGGAGCCCAACUCCAGGAUACCAGGGCCCUAGGAUCUAGGGCUUACUUGGUAACAGGCAUUGAGCAGAGGCCUAGGACCGCCUGGGUUACUAUAGUCUGUGCCUGUAAAAAUGACUCCAUCAGGGAGGCACCAGGACCGCAGCUAGCAGAGCUCCUCUGCCAUUAACUCUCUAGCUGAUGCUGGCAGGAGUCAGGGCUGGAAGCUGUGCUCCUGCGUACCUUCCUUCAGUGACUCCUGCUAUAGGUAGGGUAGCUGUCCGCUCCCCCUUUUCACCCACUGAGAACAGUGCUCGUCCCAUGCCCAUCCAGUGCUUGCUAGGGGAAUUAGACUUAAACAGGUGCUCUUACAUCCUGCUGAGAGAGACUGGGCCCAGGCUAUCUGUGACCUCCCACUAGUAAACAUCACAGCCUCCUCUCUAAGGUCAUAGCCUCCUCCAUUGCUGGCCUCCCAGUUUGGUUUGCUCUGAACAACAAGAGAUGAUUGUCUUUACCUUGAUUUCUGAUGCUUCAGUGAUCUCUGGGGCAGGAACCAGGGCUGUGUAAUGCUCAUAAAUCACUUAAUCGGCUGGCAGAAAUCUGCAGUGAGAAGGGGAGGGACAGAACAUCACUGGAGGCAUCCAAAUUUUGACCAUCUUCAUGAGCUAAGCAGUUCCCUAUAAACCUGCUGAUAGUGGGGGCCGGGUGUCCUUGUUGGAACCCAGGGAGUGACUACCUGUGUCCAGGCCUUUCCCAUUCAUCCAGGGGGAGCUACCAAGGAGCUCAGCGAAGGCCGACACAAAGGUCUCAGGGCAACUGUCUGGAGUGGGUCACAUGGAGGAAGCUAUUAGGGUAACGGCAGUUAAAAUUCUGCCUCUCUGCAGGCCACGUCAUGGGGGUUUGCCCGGGCAGUGGCCUCACUGGACACUUCAUUGAUUUGUACUCUGGCUUCUCCAGUUCAGAUCACCUCCUUGGAUGUGUCUCCAAACACGAUGU